CUAUAUAAAAGAAUGAAGUCUCCGCCAACUUCAAAUAAAAAUCAAAAUAAUUCCAUAUUCCAUGCUACAUUCCUUGAUGGUUUUCGUGGUGUAGCAGCUUUAUGUGUUGUUUAUGCCCACACCCAAAUAUAUAACCAACGUCUUGCAUUUAGGACAUUCGACAUUUUUGGAUAUUAUGGAGUAAUCACGUUUUUUGUGCUUUCCGCUUUUUUACUUACUUUUCGAACGUUAUUGGAUUGGGAACGGUAUCAUGAAAAGAGAGAAGAGAAAAAAGAUACAAAUUCAGUUGUUGUAAAUAGAAUUGAUCAUUUAGAAAGUGGCGUGGACCUCGAAACAAACUUGUCAAUCAUUCCACUCUUAUCAUCGACGGAUUCUGAUAACACUAUUGGCAUAUCCUCAAUAGAAGAAAUAGAAGAAAAAAAACCUGAUAAUGCUUUCUAUUCUUAUAUCCGAAAAAAAAUAUUGCCAAAAUGUCAAAUACCAGUAAAAUUUUGGUCAAAGUUCUUUCUUCGUCGAUUUAUGCGUGUAUACCCACCGUAUGCGAUUCUUUUACUGUUUAUUGCAUAUAAUGGCUUCCUAAGAAAUGCAUAUAAUAACUUUAUGGAUUCAUCGACUUUAACUUCCCAUCUGUUUUUUAUAACGGAUAAUAAUUCUAUUUUUUGGACUAUUCCUAUAGAAUUAAUGUAUUAUUUAUGUAUACCGAUAAUUGUCAUCGGAUAUGUGGAGUUAGCUUGUUUUGGUGCUUUCCUUACAAACUAUUACUUUAAGAAACCUGCGAUUGGUACUUGGAUAUGUCGAAUACUUGUUAAUGUUAUUAUUGUGACUAAACGAACAGAAUUAUUAAUAGCACACAGUGAAGACCGCAAGGAAUUUUACAAAAGCAGUUUUUUGGAAAUUGUUCAUAUCUUUUUGGUCGGAUCAAUAUGUGCAAUUUGGUAUAGAGAAAUAAUUCGUCUUGGAUUGUUACCAUUGAGCUUAGAAGAAGAGAAUUCUCUGGCCGAUAAAUCAAAUGAUUAUAAUAUAUCCACACUUAUAAGAUCGAGAUUUGUUAAAUUAAUUAUUAGUAAAUUACCGAGUCGACAUCAGUUUGCAAGAUAUUUUUUUGACUUUGGAUGUUAUUUCCUACUUCUCUUGAAGUUUUGUACGUUACCUCAUAUAUCUGAAAAAGUUUUUGGUUUAUCUCGCACCAGUGAAAUGGUUUUAGAAAGAAAACUUGGUGGUUCGCUCGAUGCAAUACUAAUUUUUUUUGCCCUACUUUCCCGAAAUGGCUCUUUUGUAAAUGCGUUUUCUUGUGAUUUUUUACGUUUUUGUGGAAAAAUUUCAUUUAGCAUAUAUUUAUUACAUCCAAUUGCAAUGACGUUUGUGAAUGAAUAUGUGACUUCUAUUGGAUAUAAAGCGGCAGACAAAGAAUCAAAUGAAGAUGAGAAGGCUAAUGUGAUAUUGGAUGCAGUGAUGUUGUCAUUUGUGACAACAUUUAUUUUAGCAUGGUUCUACUUUAAAUGUAUUGAAAGGCCUUCUAUGAAUUUAGCUAACUAUAUUGCGAAGAGAUGGUUAAGUGAG